AUGGAUAUCCUCGAGCUCGUUCACGAAGAUCAGCGCAAGGAGAGCAGGCCGUUCGACUGCCAGCACCCUGGCUGCCCCAAGGCAUUCUCUAGACGUUCUGACCUGGCUCGACACGCUCGCAUCCACAGUCAGGAGCGUCCCUUCAGCUGCCACUUUCGCAGCUGCGGCAAAACCUUCAUCCAACGCUCCGCCCUCACCGUCCACAUCCGUGUGCACACGGGAGAGCGUCCGCAUGUCUGCGAGUCGUGCAGCAAGGCAUUGAGGAUCCACACCGGUCGACGCCCAUACAAGUGUCUAGUGCCAGGCUGUGGAAAGUCGUUCUGCCGCAAGACUACACUCACCAAGCACACGCGUCGCAACCACGCCGACGCCGAAGGCACAUACAUGGGCACCGGCCGCACAGCGAGCAUCCUCAGCAACUCGUUCUCGGUCGCGCGCAGUGCGCUCCCGCCGCACGCACGCUCCACAUUCCCGCAAGGACUCGAGCACCACUAUUUCGCCGGCGUCAAGGUCGAGGACGAUGGUGUCCGCGGCGGCCACGCGUACGGCUACGCCAUGCCGCACGGCGAGUACGCGGCAACGUCGUACAGCGCGCCUCCGAUGUCGUCGUGCGCUUCCUCCAACACGAGCUCGGAUGGCUUUGAUCUGACGCGCCGAUCGAGCCUCGUCAUGUCGAACUGCAUGACUGGCAGCUCGAUGACCAGCUUCUACAGUCCGAACGGCAACAUGGCUCGCGUCUGCUCGACGCCCAACACGCUCACGCCGGCGUCGGAGAUGUCGCACUUCCCGCGCACGCCCGACCACCGCGACUCGCAUGCGUUCGAUGCACACAUGCCGGCGCGCCCGCACUUCGAGCACGUGUCGGUGGCCAACAUGGCGUAUGGAGAGCCGCACGGCCCGUCGAGCUUUGGCAGCUCGAUGAUGCCGGCGCCCGCGUCGUUCUCGGUGCUGUCGAAUGGCUGUGUCAUCACCAGCCAGUCGAACGGCAACAUUGACCCAGGACUUUGGGAGGGCGAGUGCGCGCCUGCCUCGAGCAUGGGCUCGCACUUCUACGCCAACGACUCGACUAUGCAGAUGCAGCAGAUGCAGUCGCUCCAGCCUCACCACGCCGCACGCUCCGCGCCGUACAUGCUCCGAUCGGCCACCCAGCCCAACCCGAUCCCCUCGUCGAGCUAG